AGUACGGUAGUAUGCGCAUAGGGACGCAGUCAAUUCCAUCCCCGCCCCGGCUACGUUUAGACUAUUGAGUCAUGUCCUUCAGGAGGGUAGUUAGGCAAAGUAAGUUCCGCCAUGUAUUCGCCCAGGCGUGGAAGGCAGAGCAAUGCCUGGAUGAUGUCAGAGUUUCUCGUGUGACAUGGGAUGGGGCACUCUGUGCAGCCAAUCCAAAAUUCAUGGCUGUUAUUACUGAGGCUGGAGGUGGUGGAGCAUUUGUUGUAGUACCACUUAACAAGACCGGUAGAGUAGACCAGACCACUCCCACAGUUUGUGGCCAUGCUGCUCCUGUCCUCGAGAUUCAGUGGUCACCACAUGAUGACAACUUGAUUGCCAGUGCUUCAGAGGACUGUACAGUCAAGGUCUGGCAGAUUCCUGAUAUUGGUCUGACAUUGCCCAUGACUGAGGCUUCAGUAACUCUCGAGGGACACAGUAAAAGAGUGGGUAUUCUGGCCUGGCACCCUACUGCCCUCAACAUCCUUCUAACUGCAGGUUGUGACAAUGUAAUAUGUGUAUGGGACAUUGGCACUGGUGAGCUGGUGUACCAGUUGAGUGAGGAGCAUCCAGAUCAGAUCUACAGUGUGUGCUGGAACAGAGAUGGCAGUCUAAUCUGCACCACCUGCAAGGACAAAGCUCUGCGUGUCAUUGAUCCUAGACGUGGACUCGUCCUUAAGGUGCGGGACAAGGUACAUGAGGGUUCAAGGCCAAUGAGGGCUGUUUUUCUAGCUGAUGGAAAAAUUCUCACAACUGGUUUUAGCCGCAUGAGUGAGAGACAGCUUGCUCUCUGGGAUACGAAAGAUCUCUCCGAGCCGAUGGCUGUUCAGGAAAUGGACACCAGCAAUGGAGUUCUUCUUCCUUUCUAUGACCCAGACACAAACAUGGUCUAUCUGUGUGGAAAGGGAGACUGCACUAUUCGCUACUUUGAGAUCACCAACGAGUCACCAUACGUGCACUUUCUCAGUCUGUACAGUAGCAAGGAGCCUCAGAGAGGAGCAGGCUUUCUCAGCAAGAGAGGCAUGGAUGUUAACAAAUGUGAAAUAGCCAGGUUCUAUAAACUUCAUGAGAGAAAGGUAGAGCCUAUUUCCAUGACUGUGCCAAGAAAGUCAGACCUUUUCCAGGUGGAUCUGUACCCAGACACAGCAGGGCUAGAACCUUCUCUUCUGGCUGAAGAAUGGAUCGCAGGACAGGAUGCUCCUCCGACAUUAGUCUCUCUGAGUGGAGGCUACAGCGCUCCCCCCACCAAAUACAACACACUUCGGGGAAGACCCAAAUUUUUACCUCAGGACAGCUCAGCUACGUCUCCCACCAAUAGCUCUACCACCAGAAACGCAGGAAGUGAGAGGACAGUACAGGUACAGGUUGGAAGGCAGAUUGAAGGAGGAUCUGACAGAUCCAGGAAAGAGGAUGACCAGAUAGCGGACAUCCUGACAGAAGUUCGUGCUCUACGUGCUCUGGUAAUAGCUCAGGGUCACAGAAUCGAUGUGCUGGAGAGGCAGCUAGCUCGGAUCGAGGAUGGAGAAGUGUGACCUGCGUAAUAACCAUUGUUUUAUCUUGACGUACAAAAGCUUUGCAUUACAGUGAAGGAUCCUGGGAAAUGCAGUCCUGUAAAUGAAGUGUAACAGUAAUUUAUUAAGCUUUACAUUUUUUUAAUUUAGUUUAUUUAGACAGGAAAUCUUUUCUAAUUAGUGUGCUUAAAGGUUGUAGGAAAAUCUGAAUUAAAGCUCAUGACUUAUACUGUGCAUUUAAUUAUGCUUUUACAUUAGGUACUGACUACAGCUGCUGAUUAAAAAACAUUAUGCUUUAUGGUUGUUACAUUAGAUUUCAUAAAAUGUUGCAACAAUGAGAGAAUAUAUAGUAAUCAACACAGUAAUCCUACAUGCUGUACUCUUUAGUAGCCUAAGCCAUUAACAAGCAUUGCAAAUAAUGGUGCAUAUCUGCAUAUGUUGGCUAGAACUGUUUUUUUUUUUUCUACUAGCAUUUUAAUGCUCUUAUCAAGUCUUACCAUUUUAACAUUUGUGGUGUGGGUUAGUGGGUAUGUUUUAUUUGAUAGCUAUAGAGACCGUGUUUUGUGUAGUUAGGCUAUGUGAGCAUUAGGAGUGCUCAAAGCAUGUUAGAACUGAAGGUUGUGUAAAAUAAGUACUGUUAAACACGUUCUGAUUUAAACUUUCUGUUUGCAGUGAUGAAUGCGAUGUUUCAGUCUAGUUAGAUUCUCAGUGGAUAUCAGCAGGUCUCUGAUAGAAUUCCUCUUUUUACUUUUAUUUAAAUUUAUGUGCACUACAAUCAGGGAUGUUCGAUUACAUCCUCGUUUCUUAAUUAUUUUGUUUACACUUUAUUUGCUGUAUGAACUCUAAUGUUAAAGCUGUUUUGAUAGUUCUGUCAGUAAUGACUAGAUCUGUCAUUUGAAAUAAAAUCCAUGUGUGUUGA